AUGUGCUCAGCCACUACCUUCUCUAGAACUCCCAUAUGCACAAAUCAUUUAGUACUACCCGGUGGUGUGCCCAAUGAGAUAAUUUCUUAACUUUGCUACUUCUGUUCCCUAUAUAUAAAACCUCAAGUCCCUCAAACCUUUUGCUUCUCUUGUCUAAUACAACAUUUAUCCUCUUUGUAAGAUCACCAUUUGCUUCUAGUCCUCAGGAGUCAUGGCUGUCUCAAGUGCCAUGCUCGUGCUAGGCUUAUCCCUUGCCUUAGUCGGUUUUUCAGCUGCUCAAGCGCCAUCAUUACCUCCAACAUCAAAUGCAGCGCCACCCUCCACCUCCGCUACACCUCCACCUACGGUUGCAGUUCCUCUGCCAACCUCUCCUGCUCCCAGCAUUGCUCCCCCCACUUCAUCAGCUCCGGUAUCCCCUCCUCCUCCUGCUGCUCCCAGCACUACUCCCACUAUUGCUCCCCCGGUAUCCCCUCCUCCUCCUCCUCCUCCUCCUCCUUCUCCUCCUCCUCAUGCUCCCAGCACUACUCCCAGCAUGGCUCCUACGGCUCCUCAUGCUCCCAGCACUACUCCCAGCAUGGCUCCCACCACUUCAUCAGCUCCGGUAUCCCCUCCUCCUGCUCCCAGCACUACUCCCAGCAUGGCUCCCACCAUUUCAUCGGCUCCGGUAUCCCCUCCUCCAACGUCUUCUCCGAGUCCAAGUCCAUCCAUGAGCUCCCCACCUGCGCCUGCACCUGAAACGCCAGCCUCUCAACCAGCUCCUAUGGGGCCAGCAUCUCCACCAUCUCCAGCACCUGCUCCCUCCACCACCACCACCCCCUCCUCCCCAGAUUCAGGUGCAUUUGUUCAGGGAAGUAACAUGGCUUUGCUCACACUCUUUGCAGGAGUUGCACUCCUCUUUUAAGCUCCAGUGUUUCCACGAUAUUCAUUUCCAUUCACAUUUGUGUAGAUUAAAUAAUGCUUUAUGUAUUCUUUUCCUGGUAUUUCUUUUUCAUUGGGAGCUCUCCAGCUUUUCUUGUUUUCCUUUUGAUUUUUUUUUUUGAUUUCAUUUGUGGUUAAUUUGGAGCUCCAUUUGUAAUUUGUGAGCAAAGAUCAGGACGGUUUGGAGAUUUUACAGAGUUACAGCUCUUCUUUUAACAUUUUAGGUUAGCCUAAUAA